GGAAGAGGAGCGGGGCCGGAAGCCAGCAGACGCUGAUCUCUGUGGAGAGACUGGGGAGCCUUUCGCUCCGCCCCGCUUCGUAGAAGCCAAAGGGGUGAGGGGUCAGGCCUGCGAACUGCGGAUCAUGGCGCUAGCCUUGCGACUCUGGCGCUCCCUUCCUUUGGGACGUAGCGCUGCCCCGGGACCUCGGCUCCCGACGGGUGCUGCUGGCAGCAGGGAGCAGUGCGUUCUUUGGCGACUCCGCGGCGCUGAGGUGAUGGGAAACCCAGGAGCUUUUAAAAGAAGUCUUUUAUUCUCUGCCUUGUCUUAUUUGGGUUUUGAAACUUAUCAAGUCAUUUCCCAGGCUGCUGUGGUUCAUGCCACAGCCAAAGUCUUCAGAGUUGAAGAGAUCCUUGAACAAGCAGACUACCUAUAUGAAAGUGGAGAAACAGAAAAACUUUACCAGUUGCUAUCCCAGUACAAGGAAAGUGAAGAUGCAGAGUUACUGUGGCGUUUGGCACGGGCAUCACGUGAUAUAGCUCAACUCAGUGGAACCGCAGAAGAGGAGAAAAAGCUCUUGGUGUAUGAAGCCCUAGAGUAUGCAAAAAGGGCACUAGAAAAAAAUGAAUCAAGUUUUGCAGCUCAUAAGUGGUAUGCAAUCUGUAUUAGCGAUGUUGGAGAUUAUGAAGGAAUCAGGGCUAAAAUUGCAAAUGCCUACAAGAUCAAGGAGCAUUUUGAGAAAGCAAUUGAACUCAACCCUAAAGAUGCUACCGCAAUUCACCUUAUGGGUAUUUGGUGUUACACAUUUGCUGAAAUGCCUUGGUAUCAAAGAAGAAUUGCUGAAAUGCUGUUUGCAACUCCUCCUAGUUCCACCUAUGAGGAGGCCUUAGGCUACUUUCACAGGGCAGAGCAAGUGGAUCCAAACUUCUACAGCAAAAACUUGCUCCUUCUAGGAAAGACGUAUUUGAAGCUACACAACAAAAAGCUUGCUGCUUUCUGGCUAUCAAAAGCCAAGGACUAUGCAGCGCACACAGAGGAGGAUAAACAGCAUUGACUUUUUGAAGGGGCCAGUCCAAUUGUCUUAUAGAUUGUCCCUCAUUCCAGAGUGGCCUUACUGACAGCACUUAAGGAAACACUGUUCCGGGCUUCCCUGGUGGCGCAGUGGUUGAGAGUCUGCCUGCCAAUGCAGGGGACGCAGGUUCACGCCCUGGUCUGGGAAGAUCCCACGUGCUGCGGAGCGGCUGGGCCCGUGAGCCACGGCCGCUGAGCCUGCGCGUCUGGAGCCUGUGCUCCGCAACGGGAGAGGCCGCAGCAGAGAGGCCCACAUACCACAAAAAAAAAAAAAAAGUGUUCCAUCUUAUUUUCAGGGACUCAAGUUAAUUAUAUGUAUAUUAGAUCUUUGCCUUUUGUAUUUAUCACUUCUCUAAUUUUUCUUUUACCUCUCAGUUUCAUUUUCUUGGCUUCUUUCAUUUCUAUCUUCCAUGUCCCUUAUUUUUUUUAUGUUUUCCUCCUUAGAUACUGUUUGUCUUCACUUCUGAGAUGUUUUUGUCUUUUUCUUCAAUUUUUUUUUCCUGAUUGACUUCAGUUAACAGGCAUUUCACAUCCUCAUGUUGUUUGUCCAGUUUUGAAUUUCUAAUUUGGAUUUUUUCGUGUCUGCAGUUAUUUAUUUAUAUUUAAUUCAUACUAGUAUAUUGUGCUUAAGAAUUUUACUGUUUUCUCUGUGUUGAGCAUUUUCAUCUGAAAUUUCCUCAUUUUCAGUUUUCACUUUAUUUAGAGUGACUUUGAAUGUUAUUUUUUGGAGGUGUGACUUUUUGUGUGUGCUGAGUUACCAGCAACACCAGGUUAUCAAAUGGGGGAGGUAAGGGGUUUGGAUUAGUUCAGUAAUAAAUAUCCUGUACUACACAGUUUUUGUAAAAUAAGGUAUCUAUCUUUCAGUAGUAAAGCCUUUUAUGGAGGGGAGGCUCUGUCUUUGAUAUUAUAUAGGGCUUUAAAAAAAUUUUUUUGCUUUGAAAUAUAGAUUCAUAAGAAGUUGUCAAAAAAUAGUACACAGAGAGGUCCUGUGUAUCCGUCCCUCAGUUUGCCUCAGUGGUAACGUAACUAUGGUACAAUAUCAAAACCAGGAAACUGUACAGUCCACAGACCUUAUUCAGAUUUUACCACUUUUAAGUGAUCUCACUUGUGUGUGUGUUCUGUGCAGUUUUGUCACGUGUAAAUUUUUGUAACUGCCACAAUCAAGAUACAGAACUGUUCCAUCACAAAAAUUCUUAGUGCUAUGCCUUUAUAGUCAAACCCAUUCCCUGCUAUCAUCCCUAAGUCUGACAACCACUUAUCUGUUCUCUAUAAUUUUGUUAUUUCAAGAACAUUAUAUAAAUGGAUCAUACAGAAUGUGACCUUUUGGGAUUGAAUUUUUUCAUUCAGCAUAACUUCUUUUUGAGAAGCAUCUAAAUUCAGUCAGUAGUUCCUUUUUAUUGUUGAUUAUAUUUCAUUGUAUGGGUGUACCAGUUUAUUUAACUAUCCACCUUAGGCCAUUUAAGCUGUUUCCAGUCUGGCUGCUAUGAACUUAAGGCUGAUAUAACUAUAUCAACAAAUUUUAAUCUCUGUGGGAUAAACAUCCAGAAGUGUGGUUGCUGGGUCUUUUAUAGAGCUGCUUUUUUCUCUCUUUACAAUGCAAUAGCUGCCUUCUCCAAAACGUGGUACUUUCCCAAGAUUCUGAUUAUGUGUGCUUCCUCAACCUCUUUCUUUUGAGUUCCCAGGAGUCUGAUUUACCAGUUCUCCCACUGGUUCUUCGCAUUUCUCCACUCAGGGUGGGAUCUACUACUUCCGGGAAUGAACCCUGAGACCCCAUUAUAUUCUCCUUCCUGUGCAGUCCCUACUUGACUUGGUUCUUGAGUGUUCCAGAGCUGACUGCUAGUUUGAGAUGCCUUUUUCUCCACAUACAUGUAAACAGAAGUUUGUAGUUUUCUGUCUUUUAAACAUACUACAGACAUGGGCUGUGGGUGAUUAUAACUGCCUCUUAUGCAUCUGUUUCCUUUUAAGAAUGAGAGAAGAAAUCUGAUUUGGAAUGUGGCUGUUAUCCUACUAUAAUCUGAAAGCUCUCAAUUAACUCCUUGUUACCAGAAAUUUUCCUAUCUGAGUGUUUAAUCAUAGACUGUGGAACAGCUGUGGACUUUGUAAAAAUGACUUCUCUCAGACUCACUUUUUAAAAUAAACAUAAUUACAAGGAGCAAACAAAACAACAAAAAAACAAUAACCUAAUGGAAUUGUGAGGAUUAAAGAACAUGUAUUUACCAUGAGUAUCGGUAAAUAUUUAAAAAUGCUAUUAUCAUCUGAUUGUGUUCUCCUUGGUCAAGACUGGGGAGAGAAAAUUUGGAAUUUAGGAGAUGCCUCUUUUGUUCCAAUUUCAGUAUACGUGCUGCCAAAGUGAGGCCCUUUUGGACUUUUACUCUUUGUUGAUUGGGGGGGGUGGUUUCCCCUUUUAUUUUUUUGUUGUAUUCAUGUGGUGUUCACUAUACAACCUGUUUGGACUGUACCUGGGCAUUACUGGGAAGAAAAAAUAGGAGGGGUUGAUUACUUUGGCAAGGGCCAUGAAGUUUAUUUAACGAAUGUCCUGUUCUGGCCUAUUGCACUGCCCUGUAUGUUUCUCUGUCUUGUGACUGAAGAGUAUACACUAGGUACAAAGGAACCUCAUUAAGGUAAAGGCUCCUCUGAUGAGGUCUGGGCUUUUCCCUUGAGAGACAGACCAAAUCCCCAGUAGACUUCAAGUUUGGCUUUUAAGUUCAGUGGACUUACAAAAGAACCUUUAUUGUCUCAUCUGCCUAUUUCAACCGGAGAUGAUUUCUGUUCGACUUCUGUAAUGCCCACUAGAGGAUCUUAGGUUCAGCCAAAUAUUAAGACUCAAAAAGCCCACAGUAGGCUUCAUCUGGCCCCAAUUUACUCAGAAGGACAGAAACCAUAGCUCACCCAGCAGGUCAAUGUCAGGCCUCCUUACAUUCAAAAGAUGACCUUACAGCAGCAGUCUGUGUAGCAGCAUAUCCAUGCAGCUCCCAGGAGUAUCAUCUCCCCAGGUGACAGCGCAGGAAUCUCAAAGGGAAAUACAGUUACAAGUUUCCACAUUCUGGGAAGUCCACAGCUAUGGUUUCGUAUUAAGUGCCUGGAGUUUUCCCAGUCCAGAUGCAACACACCAGUCGGGCCAUUUUAAACAGAAGCAGCAUUGCCUGACAUUGUUGGCCCAUACCACCCUAUCUAGUUUUGAGAACUGGAAAAGCUAGGUGGUUGACCUAAGGCUGGAGGGCAAAGAGUUUUGUUAACCCUUUUGACUUUAACUGCCCUGGAAGUACUAAAAACAAAAACACCACUUGUAGCUUCUUUUCCUGGAAGACAAACAACUAAUCUGAUUGCUGAAACUGUGUUGUGCCUGUGACCCACUGACUGGGCUGUUUAGUGGUGGUGGUGGUGGGUAGUGGCACUGAAAUGAAGUGACAGUAUGAACUUGUUUCUGAGCCUCCCUCGUUUGCUGAUUUCCUCAUGAAGUGUCUGUGUUCAGGCACAGUGAGCCCUGCACUUCUAAUUUCUCUGCCUGGCCCAGCACAGGACAGGGAUGGGAAGAGGGGGAAAAAACAAGUCUCAGGUUUCUCUCACUGACACUGAGUAGGUAUAUCAAGACAAUAAAUCCUGCCUAUAGGUCUGGAUUUCUACAAUUAAUAUGAAAGAUAGAAGGACCUGAUAAGUUCUCCAAACCAGCCUUCUCCAGAAAGCUGGUUUGGUCUCUCCGUAGGCUCUGUGUAGCCUCAUCUGUUGUAUGGUAAUUUCUUACCUUAAGUGAGAAGGGGGGAUGGGCACCCUGAAAGCUUCCUGUCUUCAUUCCAAUGUGCUACAUGAUGUUCUCUCAUGCCUCUACUGAAUGACAGUAACUUCUGUCAGCAAACUUCAUCAGCUGUGGUACUUUCAUGGUAUAAUUUAAGCAGCCCUUUUGAAGACUAGUCACCCUCUAUUGCAUAGUCUGUUCUGUACAUUAGUUUUCUUGUUUUUUGUUUGUUUUUUAUUCAUUAGGCAUGAAAAUAACUAGAACAUUAAUAGUGAGGAUUUGGGAAAAGAGUCUAUUCAAGCGAGUGGAUCACGGACUUUAUUUCAUCUUUACUAUGGAUUCUGAAUAAAAAUGCAGAAGACCAUCUAAAUUAAUAUGUAGAAAAAUAAAAUUUUGGCAAAACAAAAACUACUGUUUAGGGAAGUUAAAUUGUAUACUAGUAUCUUCUGUAUGUACUUAGUAGUGAAAUAUGUUACAGGUAGCAUUCUAAGACGUCAGUUCCAUGGUUGUAAAAAAAAAAUUUUAAGUUAAUGAAAUUUACAGUACAUACUGAAAUAAUGCUACAAGUGGAAAUUUAAAUUUUUAUAUUAAUAGGGAAGCCCAGCUUGCUAAAGCAGCAUUAAUAUUCACAUCAGAUUUUAACUUGUUAUACAUUUUUGUAGUUCAGUAAAUGUCCUUGAUAAUGAAAAACAAAAAGUGUUAUUGGAACAAAAAUAGUAAUCUAUGUAAAAAGGAGGGGGGAGACCAAAAUAUUUUUUAUAAGCUUAUUCAGAUACAUGGAAUUUUCAUGAAUUUAAGAGGAAUGAAGAUAUGCAAACAGUAACAGAAAAUCAGUAGACUUGAGUUUUCAAAUGCUUAUGUAAGUCUUCAAUCCAUCUGGUUUUAUGAAACCAAAACUUUGAACACAAACAAAAGCAGAAAAGUUCACAUUACCUUUUUAUAUGUUCCUAAGUAUCAAAUUGCAUCAAUUUAUUAUGAAUUUAAAGAACAUCACAUAUUUUAAAACUAAAGUACAGAAGUGCCUGAUUCUUUUUAAUUCCACAAAUACCUAGCAUCCCAAAGUAACAUGUAAACAAACCUCUAUGCUACUCAGUGAAUUCUCUCCAAUUUCUAGAAUAAACUAAAUGGUAGUAGAUCUAGUAUAUGACUUUCAUGUAAGUUACGGUUUCAUUCAUGACUCUGACUAUAUUAGAGAUGUAGCAAAGAGGGAAAAUUUUCAACUACUGUAUUUAUUUAAAACAAACUGACAGGUUCAAGCACCCAUCUUAAGAAAAGCCAGCAGCAUUUUUUAACAUAUUCAAAGUAAGAUUUUGGCCUAAGCCCUUAAUACCUUCCUGAACAGCCAUGCAACAAAACACCCUCAAGAGGUGUUACAAAGGGAAAAAAAACAUGGAGUAAUUUGUACUUCUUCCCCUGGAUAACAGAAACAAGGUAAAGCAAAUCCAGAUUAUUUUGGAAUGAACGGCUGUCAUGUUUAAUACACUCUGAGCUCUAUAAAACUAGAGCCACUAUCAUAUAUGCUUAUAUAGAUAUAUACUUAUUUUUAAUAAAGUCUCUUGCUUGCUUCAACUUCAAAAUUUAAGGAUGAUUUUUUUCCUAGUCAGUCACUUCAAGGGAACAAUAAAUAAAGUAGAAAAGGAUGAAAUGUUUUGCAUAUUUCUGUGGAAGAACGGAAAACAUUUAUACUUUGAGGGGUUCAGAAAAUUCACUGUACAGAAUGAACAGCUUAUAUACACUAUCUGUGCAACUUUUCUUGGCUGGGGUAUUUAAAUGCAAGAGCUCCUCCAAGACAAGAAGCCACAUUCAUUCUUGUCCAAAUCCCUCUGUCUCUUCUAUUGCAAAAAGAAGUUUUUCCUUUAGUUGUUCAUAACUCUUAUAUGGUGGUAGAUCCAAGCGAUUAAAACUGAACAAAAACAAAAACAAAAUCAGAUGUGUUUUCAAUAAAACAAACUCUGAAAAGACUUCUAAUACAAUAUUUUUUUAAAGCACAUUUGAAAAACUGGAAGAAUGUAAAAAUUUUGCCAGAAGUAUUCUAACACACAAUUUACUACUUUAUUAUUAUUUACUAAUUUAUUACUUAACAAAUAUAAUAUUAAAUAUACAAAUUUUCUUACAGCAGUCAAUUCAAAUUUAAGACCUAGUCACAAAAAUAUUUUAACGUUUCCCAGAGAAAGCUAGAAUUAAAAAUAAUAAUUGUAGCAAUAUGGAUAAAACUGCUGGAAUUUUUUUUAAAGAAGCACUAAUUUUUCUCUUUUCUAUACUAUUAUUGUUACAUUGUGUCAUGAGUCCCCCUAACUUCUCUUGGGUUAAAGAGUCCAUUUCUUUCACUCACCCACCAAUUCAUUCAUCAGUUAUUUAUUGAGAAUCUUUAAUAUAUCAGGUAUUUUUCCAGGAGCUGGUGAUACAAUGAUGAAAAAGUAAAGUGCUUGUCCUCACUGAACUUACAUUCUAGGGUGGAGACAGUCAAUAACCAAAUAUAUAUUUUUGUCUUUUCAAAUAAUCUCAUCAUAUGUAUAACCGUUUCUAAAAUAAUAUGCUUACAGUCUUGCUAGACUCAAAGGAUUCCCUGCUGGGAUUAACUGAUGAAAUGUAGAAAAUAUUGAAAAUGCUUAAAACAUCAAUGUAUUGUUUUACAAUUUACAAAGGUGUGAAAUAACAUUUAAUUUUUUUAAGAUACAGCACUGAGUAGCUGGGUUAAGAUUCAGGAGUUUUGGAUUUUGGUCCCCACUAUUAGUGUCUAGUGAAAUAGCUCUGAGAAGUCAAAACCUUUCUGUACUUUCAUUUUCUCAUGUGGAAGGUUUCUAUAGAUUAUCCAGUUUCCUUCUACUACUCCUACCAGUUAUCUGCCCUUAUAAGAGUCAGGAAACCUGUAAAUCAAGAAAGAGCCUUUUGAAACAAGGCAGCCAAUUAAAAUGGUAUUCUUCUCAGACCAUGUUAUUCUGUUUGAAAAGUUGUUAAUUUAACAGUAACAGUUAAGAGGACUAUAUAUCUUCCCAUUGUGUGCCCCCUCCCCACCCCCACCUUUAAACUAUGCCUCAAGGUACAGUCUGAUUCUGAGCUGAGGUCAGGAAAAAAUUUUUCAAUAGAGCCCUAUACUAACCAGUCACCUGCCUCUGUCAAAUUGUCAUUCUAUUUACUAAAUAUCCCCCAUCUUUUCCCUCCUGAUCAUUUCUAUUGCUACUAUAUUCUCCUAUAUAUACUUCCCCAUCAUCUUUUAUCUAGACCAUCAGUAUUUCCUGACUACUGAUCUUGCAUCCUUUUUUUUUUUUUAACUUCUUCACAACCUAUAUAGCCUUAUAUCAUUGCCAGGGGUACUUUCUUAAAAAGACAUGAUGGUUUAAAAAACCUCUGCUGCUUCUAAUGACUAAGGAUGGGGAAGUGGGCAAGGAAGCCUAUGCUGUUUGGUAUAGCCCCUAUCAACUUAUUUAAUGUUCUCCAAGCAUACCACACACUUUUCUGUUCUAUGACCAUGCUCUUAUGGCUCUCCUAUGUUCUGGAAUACACUUUUCUGCCUAUAAUAUUAUUAAGAAUCAGUCCAAAUGCUACAACUUCCUCCAAGAAUUCUCCUUGAACAUGUUAUACAGACUUAAUAAUUCCCCUCUCCAUAAGCUUUUUUUUUUUUUU